CACUUGGGAAGACAAGUGCCAUCACUCCAAACAUCCUCUUCUCCCCACGUUCUGUAUGGAGCAUGAUGUCAUUUGGUCUGGAAUAGCCCUUCAGUGCUUUUGGGUCACCUGGCCCAGCUGUGUCUCCUCCCUGCUGUGUUCAGCAGAAAUCCAAAACACAGCCCUGCAUUAGCCACUGUGAGGAAAAUCGACUUCACCCCAGACAAAACCAGCACGGCAUACCAUGGUUGAUCAACUCCAAAAUGUUAUCUCAAAAUCUGCGCCAAGUUCGCAAAUGUUUGUUUCUGCAUAACUUGAAACCGAAUUCAGUAAAUGUGGCUGUUUUGGCCAGACGGAUCCAUUUUUCAUCAGAAAAGCUUCAUGACUGUGAGUCAAAGGAAGAAACUGUCCAGAAAUGUGAAACUGAAGAGUUGCCUCAAAGUCCAGAAAACAGUAAUUUUGGAAGAUUGCACAUACCAGUGAUGCUGGAGGAGGUUGUUAAUUGUUUAGCCCCUCAGCCAGGUCAGUGCUUCCUUGAUAUGACGUUUGGAGCCGGCGGUCACACAACAGCUCUUCUGGAGAAAGCCAACAACAUCACUGUGUAUGCACUAGACAGGGAUCCCACAGCUUAUAAAAUAGCUCAGCAGCUUGCAGAAGCUUACCCGAAACAGAUUCAACCUCUUCUAGGACAGUUUAGCCAGUUAGAGGCUUUGUUAAUCUCCUCUGGAGUUGAGCAAGGGACUCUGGAUGGUGUUCUCCUGGAUGCUGGCUGUUCUUCUAUGCAGUUUGAUACACCUGAAAGAGGUUUUUCCCUGCAGAAGGAUGGACCUUUGGACAUGAGGAUGGACUGUGACAGGUACCCUGCCAUGCCCACUGCUGCUGAUGUUGUGAACGCUUUAGAUCAACAGGCGCUUGCGUCCAUCCUGAGAACGUACGGGGAGGAGAGGCACGCUAGGAAAAUCGCUUCAGCCAUCGUUCAGGCACGCAGCACAUACCCCAUCACCAGAACUCAGCAGCUUGCAAGCAUUGUUGCAGGUGCUUUUCCAGCCUCAGCACUCUAUGCACGCAAGGACCUUCUUCACAGACCUGUGCACGUGGCCACUAAAACUUUCCAAGGCCUGAGAAUAUUUGUAAAUGAUGAGCUCCAUGAACUCUUCAUAGGACUGAGGACAGCUGAGAAGUUUCUAAAACCAGGAGGUCGCCUCGUGGCCCUCUCCUUCCAUUCGCUGGAAGAUCGUAUCGUCAAACGUUUUCUUCAUGGAAUUGACGUGACGGAGAAGUACAGUCUUGGCUCAAAGCAGAAGAUAAGACAGGCUCUGAAAAAUUCCUCCAGAGGAGAAAAUUCACAAGAAUCCCCGCAUGGAAAAUCCAACUCAAAGUGGAUUUUGAUACAGAAAAAAGUUCUCACGCCCCAGGCCAAGGAUAUUCAAACAAACCCAAGAGGAAGGUCGGCCAAACUAAGGGCUGCUAUUAAACUGUAAAGAAAAAUAUAUGAUUACAUGAUUGUAUAAUUUCCUUAAAUUCUGUUUUCCAGAAUGCUAACUGGACAGAUAGUAUCAAACUGAAAAAAUAAAAUGAAGGUUAUUGGAGAACAUUUCUCUCUUACCUUUGUGCUUCUUUUUGAUUAGGAAGUAGUAUAGAGCAUGAAAAUGCAAAAUAAAUGCCUUAUAUAUACUUAAAUAUAAGUGGGUGUCACUAAUUAUACAAAAAAUACAUCUUUUUUUUUCAAAGAGCUUCAAACACCAAGUUUAUAAAAAUUGCAGGUUUGAUGUAUUUGGAGUAUUCCCCUUAGAUUCAUUUCAAGAUCCUGACAUUAGCAGUCUAAAUUCAGUAGCUAAUUGAGACAUAUUUUUAUGGGGGUGAAUUUCACAUGCCUAAUUCAGAUGUGUGGUUUAGUCUAGAGUAAGUUUAAACUAACCUAAGAAUUCUUGAUAUAUUUCUCUGUAUCCCAGCUAACUUGGAUGAAUGCCUAUGGGACAAGAGCUAAUUCUUAAAUAAAGUGACAUCAGUAUGCCAUGUUCUAUCCAGGAAUUUUUAAAUGGACUCUCACCUUUUUUAA